AGCUGCUGAACACACACAGACACUCUUCACUCUUCACCACCAUGAGGGAACUAAAGAGCGGGGCGUUCUGGCGCGCUGUGGCCGCAGAGUUCAUCGGCAUGCUCCUCUUCAUCUUUUUCGGCAUCGGUUCUGCCAUAGGGAACCCGUCCAAAGACUCCCAGGAGGUGAAGGUGUCUCUGGCGUUCGGUUUGGCCAUCGCGACCCUGGCUCAGAGCUUGGGGCACGUGAGCGGGGCCCAUCUGAACCCGGCGGUCAGCAUCGGUCUGCUGGUGAGCUGUCAGAUCAGCUUCCUGCGCUUCCUCUGUUACACUGUUGCUCAGAUGCUCGGGGCGGUGGCGGCCAGUGCCCUGCUCAACGGAUUCAGGCCUCGGCAGAUUGGACUCGGGGUCAACGAGUUGGGUGAUAUAUCUCUGGGCCAGGGUUUUGCCAUCGAGUUCUUUGCCACUCUGCAGCUGGUUCUGUGUGUCAUCGCCGUCACUGAUAAGAGACGCUCUGAUGUGCAGGGGUCAGCUCCGCUCGCCAUCGGGCUGUCCGUCACUCUGGGGCACCUCGUCGCGAUCAGUUACACCGGAUGUGGCAUCAACCCGGCGCGCUCCUUUGGCCCGGCGAUCAUACGCAACCAAAUGAAGUACCACUGGGUGUACUGGCUGGGGCCCAUGUGCGGGGGGAUCGCUGCGGCCUUUAUCUACGACCUGAUCCUGGCCCCCCGCUCGCCCAGCCUGAGCGCCAGGAAAGACAUUCUGCUCUACGGGCCUGAUGACGACGUGGAUAAUAACCUGCUGAGAGAGGGAGAGAGCCCCGGGCCCAGCCAGUGGCCUAAGCAAUGAGCCUACAACCGUUUUACAUCCAUGGAUUUCACAAUGACGAAAAGCUGUUGUCACGAUAUUCAAAUUUCAAUUUCAAGAAUAUUAAUGUAACACAAACAAAACUAGGCAGAAAAAUAAUACAAAAACUAAACCUUCCCAUCCACACUAAUCCGUGUAUCAUUCAUUCAAUAAUUUUUCAAUAUAAAACCAAAAAUAAGAAAAUGAAAAAACAACUGUUUUCUUCAUUAUUUGUCUCCUAAACUAAAAUGAAAAAACAGAUGAUGAUUCAUUUUUUCAGUUUUUGAUUUUGUGUUGGAAUUGUGGAAAAUGGAAAGCCCUGGUCCUGGUUCAGUUCGGGUUCAGUCCUGGACUAAACCAGGACUAAACCUGGACUAAACCAGGACUAAACCGUUUUUAGUCCUGGUCUGGUCCCAGUCUUAGUCCCGGUCUGGUCCCGGUCCGGUCCCGGUCUCAGUCCCGGUCUGGUCCCAGUCUGGUCCCGGUCUCACUCCUGGUCUGGUCCUGGUCUCAGUCCCACUCUCAGUCCCGGUCUCAGUCCCGGUCUCAGUCCAGGUCUCAGUCCCGGUCUCAGUCCUGGUCUCAGUCCCGGUCUCAGUCCCGGUCUCAGUUCUGGUCUGGUCCCGGUCUCAGUUCCGGUCUCAGUCCUGGUCCUGGUCCCGGACUCAGUCCUGUUCUGGUCCCGGUCUAAGUCCUGAUCUCAGUCCCGGUCUGGUUCCGGUCUGGUCCCGGACCUGGUUCAGUCCUGGUUCAGUCCUGGUUCAGUCCGUUAUCCAUUUUUCCAUUAUUCAUUUAAACACAAUAUCGAAAACUUGUUGUUUUUUCGUUUUCUUAUUUUUGGUUUUAUACUGAAAAACGAAUGAACGAAUGAUACACAAAUUCACAAAUACUCAGUUCUGAUACUUUCUUUAGGCAAUAGAAUAUCAUUUCCUCUUUCUCUUUUUUUUUGUCUAGUUGACAGAAUUGAAUUUCUCAUUUGCUAUGGACCCUAUCUGGAAGACUGAGGGAUUACACAAACAUCUUAAAUCAUAGUACUUUUCUUUAUACUUGUACUUUUACUUAUAUGUGUGUACUCCCUCAGUGGUCCAUGUAGGUUUCAUAGUGGUCCAUGGGUGUAUACUAGUAU